UGAGCGAGUAGACCUAGUCACCGCCCAAGCUGCACGCGCCGCACACGUUGACUGGCAGCAGUCGCAAGCGUGGGCGGGGUGUGCAGCGAGCGAUAUCUUUACGAUCGGCGCGCGGCUAGUCGGACUCGUCUAUAAGAUCGACCGCCGCGGUGUCCCUCCUGUCCUACAUCUUCCUGGCCUCCGCCUGAUCCUUUCUUGCUCGCUGUAUCGAUAACGCUCUUCAGUGCUUCAUCUCACCAUCUCGCUCAAGUCUCCACCCCAACUUCCGCUGCGCCUCCACACUUUGAACACCGAAGCCGGACACUGAAGCGCUAUGGUCGUCCAGAACUCGCCGUCCUCCCAGGCGACGCCCGCCUCGCUACCGCCGUCGGUAUUCACGCUGCCGCAGACGGCGCAGCUGGAGGCGCUGUACACGAUCAUCAGGGAUAAGGAGACCAGCAGGGGCGACUUCCUGUUCUACUCUGACCGCAUCAUCAGGCUCCUCGUCGAAGAGGGGCUCAACCACCUUCCUGUGGUGCCCAAGACGGUCGUCACCCCGACGGGCGCGACGUAUGAGGGCGUCGGCUUCGAGGGCAAGAUUUGCGGAGUGUCGAUUCUGCGAGCGGGAGAGGCGAUGGAGGCGGGGCUGAGGGAGGUGUGCAGGAGCGUCCGGAUUGGGAAGAUUCUCAUCCAGCGCGACGAGGAAACCGCGCAGCCGAAGCUGUUCUACUCAAAGCUGCCGCAAGACAUCGAGAAGCGAUAUGUUCUGCUACUCGAUCCCAUGCUCGCGACGGGGGGGUCGGCGAUCAAGGCGGUCGAGGUGCUGAAGGAGCACAACGUCCCCGAGGACCGAAUCAUAUUCGUGAAUUUGAUCGCGUCGCCCGAGGGUCUCAAGAACUUUUGUGCAAAAUUCCCGCAGACGAGAGUGAUCACCGGCUGGAUUGACCAGGGCUUGAACGAGAAGGCGUACAUUAUCCCUGGCUUGGGCGACUUUGGCGAAAGGAGGUAUUGCUCAUGAACGCCGAGUGCGCUCCGGGUAGCACGCAGCGCGAACAGCGGUGAAUUCGGCCGAGGAAGCGACAGAUUUGACAGAACGUUUGGGAGCCCUUGGUUAUCAUGCUAUGGAAGCCGUGUACGAUAGCGUGCGUUUCGCGGCAUCGACUGCCUAUAAGUAAACAGGGAGGCCGACUUGGGUCGAACGAAGAGGAACGUGCUGCUCGUACGCAUGUGUAGCUUAGCUAUAGGCCGAAUAGUAGGAGAAACAAGUGUGGUAGUG